AUGAGGUAUUACUAAUUAGUAUCUACAGCAUCUAUACUAUUGCUGUCUGUUUCACAAAUUUCAAUACAAACUGUCACUGCAUUUGGCAUCAGUGAAGAUUUUAGGACUGGAUUUGAAACAGGUAUCCUUUAGAGAAAUAAUGAUGACAUCUUUGAAGAGCAAGGCUGCAAAACUGAACUUGAAGGAGUUGAAUUUUUUUCUGCACUGACAAAGAUAUUAGAUGGCUAUAAGAAUUUCAUGUCGAUGGCAGGACCAAACAAUUUCAUUAGUUAAGCAUUCAAUACUAUAUCGCUGUUUCUUGAGCAUUUGAAUGCACUAUCAAGCAUUAUGUUUAACUAAGAUGAAGAUUUAACAGACUAUUGCACAGGGUUAAAUUUUGGAUUCGAAGGUGCUAAUCUACUAACUUCUCUAGCGUCAUCAUUUAAGUUAUCAAAUGAAAUCAAAGAAAACUUUAAACAAAAUGAUGAGGUCAUCUCCGGUUCAAAGUAUAAAGUCGAUGACUUGGGCGAAAUAGAAAAAAAGCCCAAAGGAGGUGAUAUUAACUAUGAAAAAGGGGCUAGUGACAAAUUUUUUAUGGCUAUUAAAGCUGCUGAAUAAAUGAUCGAGAAAAAGAAUACUGAAACAAAAAGAAGGAGUAGAUUUGCACAAGAUUAAAAGCAAAAUCUGAAACAAAGAAAUUCCCUCAUUAGCAAAGAUAAGAAAAAGAAGAAUAGCGAAUUCUGA